AUGACUCCUCCCAAGCUGGAAUGUCUCGUCCGCGCCAAAGAAUUCCUCGCGCGCCUGCAGCGGAGACCAAGCUCCCAGUCUCUGCCCAUCCUCCGCCUGCCGCCGUACCGCAUCAUCGACUUGUGGUACACCAACCCCAUGGAGGUGGCCCCUCUCCUCAUCAUCAAAGUUCGCUACCGCGGCCGGCGAUUCACCAUCAUCGUUGACCCGGACAAAUUCGAGGGGUCGCCGGCGCGAGAGCUUGAAUUUCGCCGAUUCUCUUCGCCUCCGGCAACGUCUGCUCAUGCGAGCAAGGCGCGGACAACAACUUGGAGUCGCUACGGGCUUGAGAUCUGGGAGUGCAACCUCUACGCCAAGGACGAGCGCCUCCUGCCCGACCUCACACCGCUGCGCUUCUGGACGCUAUUCGGCAUCGCGCAGAGCUGCCGCGGCCUCGCGGCCGGCCUGCUCUUCUACCACGUGCCCGCGGGGAUGCCGCUGCGCGAAGCGCUGGCGUGCUGCGACGAGGACGACGAGGACGAGCUGGCGGCGUGGGCUGGGGCGAUUGCGGCGACCGUCGAGGCGCUGCAUGCGCGGGGCGCGGUCUGGGGCAACGCCGUCGAGGACAACAUCGUGGUGGAUGAGGACGGCGAGGUUUGGCUGACGGAGCACGAGGAGCUGUGGGUGGACCAGGCUAGCGACACGGAGAUGGAGAGGGAUUGGAAUAUUGUCAGGCUGAUCCAGGAGCGCAUCGAGGGGGUGCGGGCUGCGAUCGGUGAAGACGGGUAA